GUUCACUUAAGCCUACCGCGUUUGUGACCGGGUUGUCCAUGGUAACAUCAUAAUAGGAUACCUCUAACCGUUCCGUCCGAUGUGUGCUCGGCAUUGCUGAUCCGAGCAGCUUCCAAGACCCGAAGUCCGACGAUGAGUAAAAUAGAAACCGAUCUAAGGUUAGAGAUGGUAGUGUUCUGCAUAUAUGUUGCUUAUAUCCCUCCCUUUGUAUCUUUCCUCCCUGGUUUCCGCUCUUGUCUUCACCCUGUCAUACUUCAUUUUAAAAGGCAAAAUUGUAUUCGAUGUUCUUGCUGAUUGAAAAGUACCAAAAUGCCAAACGCAACGGCCGUUGAAAUCCAAAUUUCACUCCAGGACACCUGCCAUUCUUAUAUAUCUGGAGUUGAUACUUCCUACGGGUAUAUACCGUCUCAAGCGGCGGGCAUUGUAUUCACGGCGCUUUUCGCUGUAACAACAUCCGGCCAUGUCGCACAAGCAGCAUGGACAAGGGCAUGGUGGUGUUUUUUAUUUGCUAUUGGAUCUAUAAUCGAAACGCUGGGCUGGGCUGCACGAAUAUGGUCUGCUGAAUGCCCUUAUGCAAACACGCCUUUUCUAAUUCAAAUUGUGACCUUGAUUAUUGCGCCCACAUUUUAUACAGCCGGUCUCUAUGUCCUUCUUGGGAGCUUUAUC